GGAGCGCGUCCACGAGAUUCGCCGCUCGUGGACAGCUGCCGUGCCUCGUGAACCCACCGAGAACUGGAAGCACCCGUUCUGACAGCCACAGCCGAUUAUGAGCAAGGAGAACAGCGAGUUCACUCCUUGUUGGGAAAUCCUCAAAGGCGCCCUGACCGACAUUCACAAUAAGAAUGCCACCCGGCUCUCGUUCGAGAACCUUUACCGAGCCUCGUACAAGAUCGUUCUGAGGAAGAAAGGCGAGCUCCUCUACGACAGCGUCAAGGAAUUCGAAGAGAAAUGGUUCCGCGACCACGUCUUGCCGCAGAUCGCCGGGCUCGUGUCGGGCAACCUGAUCAGUAUUGCGCUGCUCCAGACGCCGGGAUCGAGCGCACACGAACGGCGCGAAACGGGCGAGCGGUUUCUGAGGGGGAUUCGCAGUACCUGGGAGGACCAUAAUAUGUCGAUGAACAUGGUGGCCGAUAUUCUCAUGUACCUGGAGCGCACCUACGUCGCCGAGUCGAGACGGCCUUCGAUAUUCGCCGCGACGAUCGGCUUGUUCAGGGACCACAUUUUGCGGAAUGAUCUGGGCGGAGCGUCAGAACAACUGGACCGGCCUUUUGUGAUCUUCGACAUUCUCAAUGCCGUUGUGCUCGAUCUGAUCAAUAUGGAGAGAGACGGCGACAUCAUCGAUCGGAAUCUCCUCCGGCAAAUAACGUCCAUGCUGGAGUCCCUCUACGAAACGGACGAGGAGAUUGAGAAUACAAAGCUUUAUCUGACCGUUUUUGAGCCCCGCUUCCUCAGCGCGAGUCGGGACUUCUACAAGAACGAGUGCGAAAAACUCCUCCGCGAGGGCAAUGCUAGCGCUUGGCUGCGUCACACCCAGCGCCGGCUCCGCGAGGAGCGGGAUCGCUGCGAGACGACGCUUUCCAUCCUCACGACGGACAAGAUCGCGUCGGUCGUCGAACAAGAGCUGAUAGUCGCCAAGCUGAACGACUUCCUCGCCAUGGAGGGAAGCGGCAUGAAGAGCAUGAUUGACAAUGAUCGUUAUGAGGACCUCUCCAUUCUCUAUCAGCUCAUCUCCAGGGUUGACAAGACAAAACAAGCACUCAGGACUAUUCUUCAGAGCCGCGUCAUGGAACUAGGUCUCGAGAUCGAGCAGACCCUCAAGAACACAGACUUCUCGGCUUCGGCGGCAGCCGGUGCUGAGGCUGAGGAUGGAGCCGAAGGCGGCGGGAAGACCAAAGCGCAACCCUUAAGUGCGGCAGCCCAGCAGACAGCAGCGGCGAUAAAGUGGGUCGACGACGUUCUGCAGCUGAAGGACAAGUUCGACAAUCUCUCAAAGACGUGCUUCAACGACGACCUUGUCCUGCAAUCCGCCGUGACCAAGAGCUUCUCCGAAUUCAUCAACAUGUUCAAUAGGAGCUCGGAAUUCGUGUCGCUCUUCAUCGACGACAGCUUGAAGCGGGGCCUCAAGGGGAAAUCGGACGAGGAUGUGGAGAUUGUGUUGCAAAAAGCCAUUGUUCUUCUCAAUUAUCUCGCGGACAGAGACAUGUUUGAGCGAUAUUAUCAGAAACACCUUGCUCGCCGGUUGCUUCACAACAAGUCCGAGGUGCACAUAGAGAAGGAGCUCGUUCGCAGGAUGAGGGCCGAGCUGGGCAACCACUUCACGGCCAAGUUCGAGGGCAUGUUCAAGGACAUGGAACUGUCCAAGGACCUGUCGGAGAGUUACCGCGACCACGUCCGCGGCCUCGGCGAUGCCGACACCAAGAACAUCGACCUCGGCAUUCACGUUCUCACGACCAACAACUGGCCGCCCGAGGUCAUGGGCCGCAGCGCCUUGCUGCAGGAAGACGGCGGCAGAGCCGAGUGCAUCUUCCCGCCCGCCAUCAAGCGGUUGCAGGAGAGCUUUUUCAAGUACUAUCUCAAGGACCGCAGCGGCCGAGUGCUCACCUGGGUCGCGUCAGCGGGCAGCGCGGACGUCAAAUGCGUGUUCCCCAAGAUCCCUGGUAAGGAGAGCGGCCCGCUCAGCAAGGAGCGCCGCUAUGAGCUCAACGUGUCGACGUACGGCAUGAUCGUGCUCGAGCUCUUCAACGACCUCGCCGACGGCGAGAGCCUAUCGUUUGAAGAGAUCCAGGCCAAGACCAACAUCCCCGCCCAAGACCUCAUCCGCACGCUGGGCUCGCUCUCGAUCCCGCCCAAGUCGAGGGUCCUGAUCAAGGAGCCCAUGUCCAAGAGCGUCAAGGCGACCGACAAGUUUGCCUUCAACGCCCAGUUUGUCAGCAAGACCAUCAAAAUCAAGGCUCCUGUGAUCAGCAGCACGUCCAAGGUGGAGGACAACGAGGAGCGCAAGGAGACGGAGCGCAAGAACGACCAGACAAGGGCACACGUCGUGGAUGCCGCGAUUGUGCGCAUCAUGAAGCAACGAAAGGAGCUUUCGCAUACCCAGCUCACGACAGAGGUCAUUGGCCAGCUUGCCGGGCGGUUCAAGCCCGAGAUUUCCAUGAUCAAGAAGCGGAUCGAGGACUUGCUUGUGAGAGAGUAUCUCGAGAGGAUCGAGUCUGAUACUCCAGCGUAUCGGUAUCUGGCAUAAGUCUGUCUGGAGGUGGAAUUGGAAUCAGGCCUUCGAGUUUAUGGUCUUGGCCUUGGCCU